CUCAAGAUGAAAAUGAUGGAUUUUAUCAACCACAACCGGAGGAAGAGUAUUUGGGUGAACAGAUGGAAUCACAACCUAUACCAAUACAUGAUCAACCUUUUCCGAUUGGUAUGUUGUUCGAAGAUACAUCUACUCACUAUGCGAAUGAGUUGGUAUUUGACUUACCUAUUGAUGCGAAGAAUUGGGCUAGAGAACAUGCCAAAAUAGUCAAUUGCUUCUUGGUUUUGAAUGGAAAAGAAAGCAACACUCGUUUUGAAAUGGUUUGUGAGAGAAGUGGAGAUCCCGAUGUUAGUCACAAGUGGAGAUCCUUGUGGGCAUGAGCAUAUUGCGGCUAAGUACCAAGAAGAUUCGAAGAAAAGGGGAAGGAAUAUUAUUCAAAAGGGCGAGUCAAGUGAAAGAAAUAUGAAGAAAAAAGGACCGAUGUUACGCUCUCAACCCACUCCGUCGGAACCAAGUCAAGUGAAGCAAAAAGAAAUUGAUGAUACACCAGCUCAUAUUGAUAAAAGGUACUUGGAAGAGCUACCUCCUUACAUUAGAGAUUAUGUCAUAUCCAUCAAUGAUGUCCCUCCAGAUGGUAAUUGCGGUUUCCACGUUGUCAAGGAACAACUAGGGCCUUUCACUCAAGGUUCCAAACUAUAUGUUGAUAAUGAAAUCACUUAUAUUCGUCAAAGGAUGAAGAUGAAGCUAAAGGAAAAACCGGAAUUUUACAAGAGAAUGUUGUCCGAUGAGGAUGAUAGCCUCAACAUGCAAUUCCUUAGGUAUCAAAUCCGUCUCCACGGGGGCAAUCCAAUCACAAGGGAUCAUUGGAUGGGCAUGCCGAUAUGUGGGCACUUAAUCGCCGACGCAUUCAAUUGUGUGGUUCACUAUUUCUCAAAAGGUGAUAGUUUCACUUGCACUCCCAAAACAACCAUAUGUGUCGAGCAACUUAGACGCAAGAGAGUGGUGAUUGCGUUAGUUAACAACAACCAUUUUGUAGGCCUCCAGUUAGAAGACAAUUGUGCAUUGCCUCCGAUAUGCGCAUACUCUUAUUGGAAUGGAUUUAGCCCCGACACGAUGUUGGGUUGGUGCAUUAUGUAUGAACAUAACAUGGAGAUGUGGAAAGCUUUGGAGGAAUCGAACAAAAUUAUACAUGGACAUGCAGUUUCGUUGGGGAUGAUUAGAUGUACCUUUGUCUAG